UAUUUCCACAUACAUUCAGCGCACCGCGCAACAAACUUUGGGCAAAUAUUUGCAUUUAAAACAAUAGUUGCAUUUGUUGCGUUGUAUAUUUGCUUGCAGUAUUUUUACGCCACUGCCACCUUGACGAUUUCAAUCAGACAGCAGCGAUAAUAAAUUCGAAAUUCUACGUUGGCGCGUACCGCGCGUCUCGUUGGGACAAUGCGUGUCGCAGCCGCAGGAGCCGCAGGAGUCGCAGUGCGUUGACGCACUUUGACGUGCUAUCUGUGUACGAUUGUGCGAUCGACUUCGCCUUCUAGGCCACAACUCGCGACAGUCGCGAGAGGCGCACCACGGAUCGCGGCAUCUGGUCGAAGCGCGCGCUCUCGCCGCCCGCGAUACUCGCGUUCUUCUCCGCUGGGCGCGUUCGGGUGCAGUUAAUGCAGGUAUCGCAGCAGGCUGACAGGAGGUGCGCCAGUCAAACAGCUGACACAAAAUUAUAGUGGUCCACAGCUGCAUCCAGCUGAAUCGGAUGUGAACAGAAUGUCCGGCAUGUCUCCGUCAGAGAAACGGCUCCAGAAAGAGCUUAUGUCACUGCUGAAGGAGCCGCCACCUGGAGUGCUUGUUGACUACGAGCUCGCCGAGCAGAACUUGCUGCAGUGGACAAUCCGCAUGGAGGGUGUGCCGGGCACGCUCUACGAGGGCGAGUGCUUCCAGCUGCAGUUCAAGUUCACCAAUAAGUAUCCGUUCGAUUCGCCUGAAGUCAUCUUCGUCGGCGCCAAUAUUCCCGUGCAUCCACACGUCUACAGCAACGGCCACAUUUGCUUAUCAAUCCUCACAGACGACUGGUCACCGGCGUUAUCGGUGCAGUCCGUCUGUUUGUCAAUUGUAUCUAUGCUCAGUAGUUGUAAAGAAAAGAAACGACCGCCUGAUAACGCUUUUUAUGUGAAAACCUGCAAUAAGAAUCCAAAGAAGACUAAGUGGUGGUAUCAUGAUGAUUCCGUAUAAUAUUUACUUAAUAUCAAUUGUGAUGAAAUUAUUUAUAGACACACAGAAGAACUUCUUAUCUCUAUUGUUUUCUAAUGUGUUUCAAAAACGAUUCGACGAAAUGCAAACAGUUGCAUCGCUGUUAUCGCAAGUUUAUUUAAAUAACUUAUUAGCGAUUUAGUUUCUAUCAUGAUGCAUAAAUCUAUGAUUAAAUUUUAAGCUAUCACUUAAUGUUGUUAAAGGAUGUUAGAUCGCGUUUGCUUCCGCUCAAGCAGCGCGAAGUGUUUCCGUUGCAUUACCACGAUUACUCCGAUAGCAUGAUAAUCGACGAAUGGAGUGCUUUCCGGAUGGAUUUCCUACCUACACACGACGAUUCUACGUAUUCGUAGAAGUUGAGUUUCACGUUUCGACGCUUUAUGAAAAAUUAUUGACGACGUAAUAAGUACAUUAUUGAACAAUGCAAGACGCCACACGUUGUUAUUUCCUAAACAGUUAGUAUAUAAUGACGAAAUAAAUAAAUUGUUCCUGUUGGAUAAACACGCAA